AUGGCACUUCUGAGGUCUGAACUGCAUCAACUACGACAAGGUCAACCUGCAAGCCCACCCCACUUAGACAAAAACGACGCCCUAACCAUAAAAUGGCUCUCCCAAGCAUUGAACGAAGUUCGCUCCGAACUGAGCGAACUGCAGGUGGCACUGAACGCCACCGCCGCGCUGCGUGAGCGAGAGUCGACGCGUGCGGAUCUGCGAUUGGUGCGUGGCGAGGUGAAGACGGUGGGAGUGGAGCUAGAGCGAGCGAGGAGGCGAGUCUUCGAAGCGGAGGCAGACCGACAGACGCUUAGGGCGGAGCUAACAGCCGCGCAGGAGGGAUGGCGUGUCCAAGGCAAUGACUAUUCCUUGGAACGGUCACCAAACUCCAAACCUUAG